GAAGUACCCAGCUGCCCAGAGCUAGCAGCCAGACUCACAGGGUGCAUCUAUCACCCCAGAAGUGCAGGCAGGAUCUUGAAAAGCUGACAAUGUCAGAUACUACCAGCACCACCUUCGGGGGCAGAAGAGCAGUCCCACUCAACAACUCCAAUGCAGCUGAAGCCAACCUUCCCACUGAGGAGCUGGUGGGCUUGGUGCCCCGGGGUGUCAACUUGCAAGAAUACCUUCAUGUCACAAGUGUUCACCUGUUCAAAGAGAGAUGGGACAGCAACAAGAUUGACCAUCACACAGACCAGUAUGACAACAACAAUUUGAUUGUCCGCAGAGGACAGUCCUUCUACGUCCAGAUUGACUUCAAUCGUCCAUACAACCCUAGGAGAGAUCACUUCAGAGUGGAAUACGUCAUUGGUCGCUAUCCCCAGGAGAACAAAGGCACCUACAUCCCCGUGCCUAUAGUCUCAGAGUUCCAAAGUGGCAAAUGGGGAGCCAAGGUUAUCAUGAACGAGGACAGGUCUGUCCGGCUGUCCAUCCAGUCUUCCCCUGAGUGCAUUGUGGGGAAAUUCCGCAUGUAUGUUGCUGUCUGGACGCCCUACGGUAUCCUCCGUACCCCCCGGAACCAAGAGACAGAUACGUACAUUCUCUUCAAUCCCUGGUGUGAAGAGGACGCAGUGUAUCUGGAUGAUGAGAAGGAAAGACAAGAGUAUGUCCUGAAUGACAUUGGAGUCAUUUUUUAUGGAGACUUCAAUAACGUGAAGAGUAGAAGUUGGAGCUAUGGUCAGUUUGAAGAUGGCAUCCUGGAUGCUUGCUUGUAUGUGAUGGACAGAGCACAAAUGGACCUUUCUGGUAGAGGAAAUCCCAUCAAAGUCAGCCGGGUUGGAUCUGCAAUGGUGAAUGCCAAAGAUGAUGAAGGUGUCCUUGUGGGAUCAUGGGACAAUAUCUAUGCUUAUGGUGUUCCCCCAUCAGCCUGGACUGGAAGUGUUGACAUUCUACUGGAAUACAGGAGCUCUGAGAAGCCAGUCCGUUAUGGCCAGUGCUGGGUUUUUGCUGGUGUCUUUAACACGUUUCUGCGAUGUCUUGGAAUCCCAGCAAGAGUCAUCACCAAUUAUUUCUCAGCCCAUGAUAAUGAUGCAAACUUGCAAAUGGACAUCUUCCUGGAAGAGGAUGGGAGAGUGAGUUCCAAGCUCACCAAGGAUUCGGUGUGGAACUACCACUGCUGGAAUGAAGCUUGGAUGACAAGGCCUGACCUUCCUGUUGGAUUUGGGGGCUGGCAAGCCGUGGACAGCACUCCCCAGGAAAACAGUGAUGGUAUGUACCGCUGUGGCCCAGCCUCGGUUCAAGCUGUUAAGCAUGGCCAUGUCUGCUUCCAGUUUGAUGCUCCUUUUGUUUUUGCUGAGGUCAACAGUGAUGUCAUUUACAUCAGGGCUAAGAAAGAUGGCACUCAUGUGGUAGAGUCCGUGGAUACCACACACAUUGGGAAAUUAAUAGUGACCAAGAAAGUUGGAGAAGAUGAAAUAGAAGAUAUUACUGAUACUUACAAAUUCCAAGAAGGAAAAGAAGAAGAGAGGCUGGCUCUAGAAACAGCUCUGAUGUAUGGAGCUAAAAAGGCCCUCAACACAGAAGGCCUCGUCAAACCUAGAUCCGACGUGGACAUGAACUUUGAAGUAGAAAAUGCCGUGCUGGGAAAAGACUUCAAGGUCACCAUCACCUUCCAGAACAAUAGCUCCCACCGUUACACCAUCUCAGCCUAUCUCUCUGGCAACAUUACCUUCUAUACUGGAGUCUCCAAGAUGGAAUUCAAGAAUGAGGCCUUCGACAUCACCCUGGAACCCACGUCCUUCAAGAAAGAGGAGGUGCUGGUCAGAGCAAGCGAGUACAUGAGCCAGCUGCUGGAGCAAGCCUUCCUGCACUUUUUUGUCACUGCUCGAGUCAAUGAAUCCAUGGAUAUUCUGGCAAAGCAGAAGUCUGUUGUGCUGACCAUCCCCAAGGUCAUCAUCAAGGUCCGCGGUGCUGCCAUGGUUGGUUCUGACAUGGUUGUGACUGUUGAGUUCACCAAUCCUUUAGAUGAAAGUUUGCAAAAUGUCUGGAUGCACUUGGAAGGUCCUGGAGUGAUUAGACCUAAGAGGAAGAUGUUCCGUGAAAUCCAGCCCAACUCCACUGUGCAGUGGGAAGAAUUGUGUCGGCCUUGGGUCUCUGGCCAUCGGAAGUUGAUAGCCAGCAUGACCAGUGACUCCCUGAGACAUGUAUAUGGCGAGUUGGACUUGGAGAUUCAAAGACGACCUUCCAUUUAAAUGUUCAGGAGGCUGAGAUGGAUCUAGGCCUUUUGGCUAAGGAAGUUCUAGUGCAAAAAGCAAAAGCUGUUAAUGCUCUUACUUUAACUUAGAUGCUACUGGAGAGGGUCCCAGCAUACAGAUGUUUGUCAAAGUGAUGCUUUUCAUGCCCUUGCUAUUUGCAUGGAAGUUAGUUUUGAAUCACUCCCCUUUCCAAAGGUUUCUGAACAUUUGCCUUAACUAAACUCUAAUUAAGCUCUUAUAGCUCAUAAGAAGAAAAGACAUCAUUUAUCAUUGCAAAUGGUUCCUGAUUCAAAUAUCAGAGGGUUUCCCUUAACAGUGGGAUGUGCUCAGUACCUGGUCCUAUUAAAAACUUUUGAUUCCACAUUCAAUUGGAGGGGGGGUAAUAUAUUCCCCCAAAGGAAGGGUAUGAUUGGACCUUAGAGUUCUCCCUUUUCUUGGGAUCAAGUUCUAACGUCCAUGGUAGAAUUUUUCCCUAGGAAUUCAGCACAACAUCAUUUUUCUUCUUGGCAAAGCAAAGGAAAGGUCUUUCAUCUUCCACCUGCAGCCAAGCAACUGCCUGCCAAAUUUCACAGAUUAGCUAGUGAGAAAAUGUGGCCCCACAUUAACAAAUUGCAUUUGUGGAAAACUUAAUCACCUAGGAGGAGAUAAGAAACCAGGUGCAAUAACUCAGAUAUAUUAAAUAUUGUAGUUAUGUGGUAUAUUUUGUAGGUGUCACAGUGUGACCUGAUCAGCAGGAAUGAAUAUCCCUUACUUUAACCCUUUCUGGAAGGCAAAACUAGAAAGUGACAAGGCUGAUUUAGAACUGGCAGAAAGGAUUGGUCUCUUUCAUCAGUGUUUAUACUCUCUCUCUCUGGGAUCACCAGGUCUUUUUUUUAGAGGCAGAAUAAACCCAAUAAGUUGGAGAAAUGAGCAGAUAUAGUGGCUAGAUAUGCAGAAAGACAGUCAGCUUCAUUAUCUCCUUUUCUUUAGAUUGCCUAUCAAGACUAUACCUCAACACUCUGGUGUUAAAAAAUAAGAUCUCUUGCAAAUAGCCAGCGCUAUGUAUGACCCAAGAGCAGAGGAUACUACUAUCCUGUGUAUUGUGUUCUAAGGGUCCAACAGACAAGACUAUUAGUAUUUAAUUGCAAAGCAGAUUUAAAGUCAGAAUCUCCAUUCUAAUACUCUGGGUAUGAUUUGGAUCAAGGUACUAAGAUUCUCAGAAAAAAACUGAAGGAAGCUGGGGGAGGGGGAAGCAGCAGCAGAAAUGCAAUGCUAUACUCUAUGUAACUAUGCUCUGGUCUAUUUCCAAGUCUGAAACUGUUCCUGGGCCUACAGGGCCAACCCCUGAGGGUUAGCAGAUACCUGUUAUGAUACAUCACACCUAACUCCUGCAGUCAUCUCCCAGCAUUUGCCAAGCUUUUCAAUAAGUAGUUUUAGAAUGAAAUGCAGUUUACUAUACUGUUAACUGGCUUAAUUACUAUACUAUUAUUAAAUAAGAAUGUAAUGCUUAAAAUAAAAUU